AGCAAAAUCGACGGCGACGUGAUUUCAAACAGUGAAGUCGACUUGCCGCUGCCGCAUCGCAUCGCACCGCACACCGAAAUCGAAUCGGUAAUCGGAAAAAGCAAAAAGCAAAAAAAUCGGAUCGGAAUAGCCAGCGGUCAAGUUUUGUUUAUACAACCAACAACAACGACAUCGACGACAACAACAACUCCAACCACAACAACAAAAGUAAAACCACACCUUUUGCGAUGCGUUUGUUUUGCCGUCGCUAAAAGCCCGAGUUAUAAGUUGAUCAAUAUGAACAGCAGCAGCGAAAAAGAGGAAGAAACCGAAGACGUGUUCUAAUAAAAAUAAGAGAACAAAAAACCAAAACCCAAAAUUAAACAAAAAUAACUAAAGAGAAUAUCGAGAACAACAAAGAAAUCUCGUGCACACGCACUUCGGGUUGCAUGUGUGCGUGUGUGCAUCUGUGUGUGUGUGUGUGUGAGAAAGAGCAACUAAAACAGCAUCUACAACUACAACCACAAAACUGCAGCAACGCACCAACGCACACCAACACCAAUUCAGAUCUGCCGUGAAACUACUACUACUACUGCACCCGCCAAGGCAAGACUCUAUAUAUAUAUAUCUAAAUAAAUAUAUAUAAACAUAUAUUUAUUUAAUAUAUAUUCAACCCACUUCAGGAAGUCGGGCCACGUCCACGGCCCCCAAAGACCCAACGCACCUGAAACAUUUAUGCUGCAUCUAGUCGAAUGUAUCGUCAGAAGUCUACAGGUUAACAGGUGUUCCUAAGCCGCUUGAUGAAUAUUGGCCACGAAAAGCAUCCGCACUUUCAUCCGCAUCCUCAGCUGCAGUCCAGCAGUCGCGCCGCAGAAGCGGUCAGUCCGUCGAGGUCCUACCUGCCCAACCGCCACCCCCUGUCAGGCCAUGAGCGGCCACAAACCGCGCACCCCCACCAGCACCACCCCCCGCACCUGCCACAGCCGCCCGCCGACGAGCGGACAGGAGCGGACCGCGACCGCGACCGCGACCACGACCACCUGAGUUCCGAUUCCGGCCCGAUGGUGAUGACCCCCAGUCGCCGCAACUCGCCGCCCCUGCCGCCGCUGCCGCUGUCUCACCCCCACGCCCACGCCCACCCGCUGCCCCUGGCGCUCCCGCUGCGCCACCCUCUCGCCCUGAAUGCGGGCGCCGGCGGCCAGCAACACUCGCCGUCCCGCUCGCACUCCCACUCCAGCCAGACGCCGGCGCAGUCGAUGAGCGCCCACUUCUCGCAGCUGGCCCAUGCCCAGCUGCAUCUGCAGAGCCAGCUGCAGCAGAAAUUGUCCGCCAGCCGGAGCAGCGCUGGAUCCGGAUCCGGAUCCGGAUCCGUAGUUGAAGCAUCGCCGGACCAUCUGAAUCCGCUGAACCCUCUGAGCGACCUGCAGAACAUGCAGCCCUUUGACUUUCGAAAAAUCAGCUCGGCGGCGCUGGGCGCCUUCACCGGUCCGCUGCCGCUGCCCCCAAGUCCAACGGAGUUUGGGGGGCACCACCACCAGCAGCAUCAGCAGCAUCAGCAGCAUCAGCACCACCUGCACCGCAGCAACCAGUUCUUCAACGCAAUGGCCAUGGCCUACCACCUGCCGCCGCCGCCACCACCGCCCGAGUCGAGGUCACCACCACUGCCGCCGGGAGUGGCCCAGUACCCGCAUCAAGUAUCGGGAUCCGCUGCCGAGGAGUCCACCGGCAAGCGGGGCAGCGACAAGGGGUCCGUCUCGGGCUCCGCCCCCAACUCAGGCUCCAACUCCGGAGCGGGAUCGCAGCGCAUGACCCGUUUGGCGUUGUCCUCCAACAUGCGCGCCAGCCGGAAGACGCACUCGCCGGGCGGAAAUGGGGCAGCCGGAGGCGGUGGCGGAGUUGGGGGCGGGAAGCGCCAGUGGGGCUCCAUGCCGGCCAAUCUGGGCACCCAGUUCAUCAAUCCCGUCACGGGCAAGAAGCGGGUGCAGUGCAACGUCUGCCUGAAGACUUUCUGCGACAAGGGCGCCCUCAAGAUCCACUUCUCGGCGGUGCAUCUGCGCGAGAUGCACAAGUGCACCGUGGACGGAUGCAGCAUGAUGUUCAGCUCGCGCCGUUCGAGGAACCGGCACAGCGCCAACCCGAAUCCCAAGCUGCACUCGCCACACCUGCGGCGCAAGAUCUCGCCGCACGACGGCCGCAGUGCGCAGCCGCAUCCGCUACUGCUCCAGGCGCCCAAUGGACUCAUGGCCGGAUUGGCGCCUUUCGGCAGCUUCCCGCUGCUGACGCCGCCGCCGGACCUGCGCCACCACGCGAUGGGAUCGGGGACAGGGGGUGGCGGGGGCGGAGUCGGAGCCCUGGAGCUGAAACACGGUCAGGACUACCUGCAGCGGUCCUACUUGGACGCCGGUCGCUUCGAGGGACAGCGGCGCAAGCUGACGCUGGAAAACGAACACACCGAGGACGAGGACGACGACGAGAUCCUCGAGGUGGGCAUCCAUAUGGCCGGCGACGACGACGACGACGAGGCCGACGCCGACGAGGAGGACGACGACGAUGACCCCGAUGGCAUCGUGGUGGUGGGCGACGAGCUAGACAGCAUUCCGCUGGACCACGAGAACGACAAUGAGAACGACGAGAGCGACGAGCGCUCCACGUCGGCGGUGUCCAGUUUGAGUCAAACCAAAGAGCAACCCAGUCCCGGCAAGGCCGUUCAGUCCGGCCUUGAGGAGUGUCACACUCAUGCCCAUGUCUAUGCCCAUGCCCAAUCCCUUGGGCACUCCCAUGACCACGCCCAUGCCCAUGUCCAUGCCCAUGCCCAUGCCCAUGCCCAUGCCCAUGCCCAUGCCCAUGCCCUUGCCCAUGCCCAUGCCCAUGCCCAUGCCCAUGCCCAUGCCCAUGCCCAUGCCCAUGCCCAAGCCCAUGCCCAUGGUCAUGCCCAUGUCCAAGCCCAAGCCCAAGCCCAAGCCCAAGCCCAAGCCCAUGCCCAAGCCCAAGCCCAUGCCCAUGGCCAUGCCCACGCACAUGCCCUGGCCCAAAUGGCGGCCAAUAAACGAAAGCGCAAGAGCCAAAACCCAGUGCGUUGUCCGGUGCAAUCAGACGAGAACUCCGGUGAGAACUCAGUGGACUACGACGUGGCCGCUGAUCUGUCCAUAAAGAAGGUGCGUCUGCCCGCGCAGGCCGCCGCAUCUGCCAAAGAAACGGAGGUGGGCGAGUCAACCAAGUCGAUACCCUCGCCACCACUCACGCCGUACGGUGAUCUCAGGCCGGUGGGUCUCUUCAUCAAGACGGAGAAGGAACCGGAGCAGGAACCGGAGCAGGAACCGGAUCAGGAACCGGAUCAGGAACCGGAGCAGGAGCAGGAACCGGUGCAGGAGCCGGAUCCGGAACUCAAUCUGGAACAGGGUGAGGGUGGGGGAGAGGAGCAGGAAAUCCGGUCAGCUGGCAAGGCGGCGAAUGCAGAUGCGAAGGAGCAGGCCGUGGACACCACCCUGGAUCUUUCCCGGACAGCGGCCGCCAUUAAGCUGGAGCCCCUGGAAGAGGUUGGCUACGAGGCGGACGAGAAUCGCUAUGUGCGCAUCAAGCAGGAGCUAAUGGGUGGCGAUGAGUCCUUCGCGGGGGAGGAGGAGUCCAACGCCAAGACAGCCAGCCACAACAAUAACAAUGUGCGCAGGCAGAGUGGGAAUGGAUUGGGCUCUCAAGAGGCAGACGAGCGGGAAGCGGAAGCGGAAACGGAACCAGAACCGGAACCGGAACCGGAACCAGAGCCCGAACCGGAAACGGAGGUGCCCGAGGUGCCGAUUGAUCAGGAGAACCCGCUCAAGUGCACCGCCUGCGGUGAGAUAUUCCAGAACCACUUCCACCUGAAGACACACCAUCAGAGCGUGCACCUCAAGCUGCACCACAAGUGCAAUAUCGACGGCUGCAACGCCGCCUUUCCCUCGAAGCGCAGUCGCGAUCGCCACAGCUCCAACCUUAACUUGCACCGCAAGCUGCUGUCCACCAGCGACGACCACGUGCUGCUCCAUGGAGGACCCGGUCUGUCCACGGAUCCGCUGCUGGAGCUGAUGAGUCUCAAUUUAAACAACAACAAGGGUAGCGGCGGAGGCGGGGGGUUUGGCCACUCCACCUCAUCUGCCGGCGUAGGCGUGGGCGUGGGCGUGCCUCCGGCGGUUGGCAGCAUCCAGGCGGAGAUCCUCGCACGCAUCUGCGCCGGAGCCCAUGCCCACGGGCUAAAUGUGCCGCUCUGCUUCGAGGCGCUGCAGCACCGCUUUGCAGUCGGUCAUGGCCACGCCUACCCGCUGGUGGACGGAUCCGCCCCCAAUCCCCGCCUGCUGCAGCUCAGCAACGGUGGCUCCAAUCCGGCGCUCCUGUUCGCCGGACUACCGCGCAUGCCGCGCUUUCCCCAGCUGACGCCCCACAUGCUGGCCGCCGGAGCAGGUUCCGCCGGACUGGGGGGGCUGAGCCCCUUCUGUCGACGCACUUCCUCCGACUCGAACUCGCAGCACUCGGUCACGCCGCCACCGCCGGCGCCAAAGAGGUCCCGCUCGCGAUCACCAUCUCCGGACUGCAUCCAUCCGCAUCCGCAUCCGCAUUCCGUUGAGGCGGCAAUGGCAAUGGGCAUUGGCGUGGGCAUGGGCGUGGGCGUGGAGGAGGCGGGUCAGCGGCAGAGCCCCGAUCGCAUAUCAUGACCAUGUACCUCGUACUUUGCCAAGGCGUUGGCAUUUUAUCACUAAGAGCCCUUAUGUCAUGCAGCGCACACACUUUGAAAGUCAGAUGCAGAUAUAGAUAUACGAAUACAUAGAUGCAUUGCUCAUGCUCACGUCGAGGAUCGAGGAUCGAGUAUCGAAGGUCGAGGAUCAAUGAUAAGGAUGCCGCUCAUAAACACGAAAACACUUUCACUUAGGCUAAUGCUAAAAUAAAAUAUUAGAUGGAUCAACUAGCAUUUUUUUUCUAUACUUAAAUAUACAUACAAUAUAUAUAAAUACAUAUGUUUAUAUAUAUAUAUGUUUAUAUAUAUAUAUAUAUAUGAGCCCCUUUUUUUUUAAUUGUACUUAUGAAAACUGAUGUUUUGUGUACAAGUGUCGUGUUGUAGAGAAUUUAUAAAUUGCAAAGAAAUAACAAGUAAAUAACUAAUUAAAUAAAUAACGAUACAUAUUGUUAGUGAUACUCGAUUAUGUAAGUUAUAAUAGCCACUAAGCAGAGCCUAACUGGUAUCGUAAGAAUUUUUUUUUUUUAUUCUAACUAAAAACAUUAAGUGAGUUGUAUAUGAUAUGCCGAUGGCAGUGGCGAUGCAAAAGAAUGAGUCUGCAACGAGGGAAACGCUUGAUAGGAGGAAUCCAACAAAUUUAAUUGCAGGUUGCCCAGGAUCACUCAAAAAUCCUCAAGAUCCAAAUCGAUCCAGUUUUGUUGUAUUUUUUAUUACAAACAAAUCCUAAAGUAAUUAUGUAGUCGGUUAGUUAGUUCAGAAACAGUAACCAGACAAAUACCUUCAACUCAUAUUUAAGCUAUAUAUGUUUGCAAUAAAAUAU